UCCCCCCUGACCGAGGGAUGGAUUGACCGAUCCCGCCGGGAAGUUAAGUGGUAGCACGAACUCGUAGGGUUGAAAGCGGACUGAAAUCGUUCAUUUGUAUUUUUUUCUUUUCCUUUACUCAGAAACUUAAAGAAUGAUAGCAGCUGGGAAGUUUGCAAGACUUCCACCGGAUAUGCCGAUGAACCAUGAGUUUCCCUUGGCCUCUUCUAUGGAUCUGUUGAGCAGCAAACCUGCUCUGGCUGAUGAACUUCAUUCUGGUACCCAUCAAGAUAUUUCUAUCCAUGGUACCCUUCCGAGAAAAAAAAAGGGAACCCUUCUUCUUGGGUCAUGUGAUGCCUUCAACAACAUGAAAAUGUUGCCAUACACCCAAACCAAUCAGUCUCCAGGACAUUCCAUUCAAGGUGUCAUUGAAGAAUAUCCCCAGAAAAACAGGAAAAGUGACAGCCAUCCACACAGAGACCAGAAUGCUAUGGAUCCAGCUUUGGAGUAUGUGAAGUUUUUAAAGGAGAAGCAUGUGAUGGACAGCUCCCCAGAAAAGCUGAAGAAGGAACUGGAAGAAGAGUUGCAGAUGAGCAGUGAUGAUUUGCGGAGCCACGCAUGGUACCAUGGGCGGAUUCCACGGCAGGUGUCUGAGAGCCUCGUUCAGAGAGACGGUGACUUUUUGAUUAGAGAUUCUCUUUCCAGUCCUGGAAAUUUUGUCCUUACCUGUCAGUGGAAGAACAUUUCUCAGCAUUUCAAGAUCAAUAAAACUAUCUUGCGGCUCAGCGAAGCUCACUGCCGGGCGCAGUUUCACUUUGAAGACGAAGGCUUUGACACCAUCCCUGGCCUGGUGCGAUGUUACGUAGGAAAUCGCAAGCCCAUAUCAAAGCAGAGUGGAGCGAUUAUAUUUCAGCCCAUAAACAGAAUGGUUCCCCUGAGAUGCCUGGAGGAGAAAUAUGGGGUGUCUCCAGUCCUGCCAAGAGAAGAGAGCAUUCCAGAGGGGCAAGUAGAAACCCCACAAAGACUGAGCCUUCAUGUGUGCAAUCAACAGGCGAGAGAGUCCACUUUAGCCAAAGGAAAUCUUUUAAGAAACAAAGAAAAAAGUGGUAGCCAGCCAGCAUGUUUGGAUCGCAUGCCGGAGAAGCGAUUCCCCUUAAAGACUCAUCAAUCAGAAAGUUAUCUGCCAAUAGGUUCAAGAUAUCCUUCCCAAGGAACGGAAACUGAAAAUAGUCCUUGUACAAAGUCUCCGGCUUUUAGAACUGGCAGCGAACCUAAUCUGAGCCCCCUGAUGUUCCGGAGAUUUGCUUCAGAGUUGCAGAUUAGUGACGCCCUCAGGGGUUCUGACAGCCAGCUUCAUUUGAGACCUCCGCCGAAGCCCAGUAAACUGCCAUUUCUGAGGCCACUGCAAGGCUUGGACGUCCUGUAUGGUGAACUGAAUGCAGCUUUUCCCACAGAGGGCAGGCCCACAAAGCAACCUUUAUGCCCGACGGACAGCUUUGUAGAGCAUCUGACAACGAAGGACAAUGGGACACACUCAUCCUUGAUCCUGGAUGACAGUGACUCUUUGCUGAGUUCUGUGGACCCACACACAGCUCAGUUGGAGAUAAGCAAAGAGGGUCCCAUCUUCGUCACACCUGCCAUUGAGAAGGUCUCUGGCUUCAGGCCAAACCACUUUGAGUCAAAACUUCUUCCCCUAGAAAAUAAGCCCCUGGAGACCACAAUGUUAAAGAGAGUCAAAGAGAUGUUUGCGAAUAAUAAUGCAAAGGUCAUUGCCCAGCAUAUACUGAAGAUGGACUGCAAGGUUGCUAGGAUACUCGAGGUCUCUGAAGAGACGAGGAGGAUCAUGGGAGUGAAAUCAGGCUUGGAACUGAUUACCUUACCCUACGGACACCAACUGCGCCUGGAUCUAAUUGAAAGGCAUACUACGAUGGCAAUAGGAAUUGCAGUGGAUAUUCUUGGCUGCACGGGUAAUUUAGAAGAGCGUGUUGCAACAUUAAACAGGAUUAUCCAAGUUGCAGUCGAACUAAAAGACUCCAUGGGGGAUCUGUAUGCCUUCUCAGCUAUAAUGAAAGCUCUGGAAAUGCCUCAGAUCGCGCGGUUGGAGCAAACGUGGACCAGCCUGAGGCACUGUUAUACACAAACAGCCAUCAUGUACGAGAAACAGCUGAAACCUUUCAGCAAACUCUUACAUGAAGGAAAAGAGAUCACUUGCGUGUCACAAAACGUCGUCACUGUGCCGUUGCUGAUGCCUCUGGUUACCCUGCUAGAACGUCAGACGGUGGUCUUUGAGGGAAUGGAUGUGUGGGAAAACACUGACCAAAGCUGUGAUAUCAUGCUCAAACAUUUGGCAACAGCUCGUUUCAUAGCACAAAAUGCUGAACAGUAUAGUGCAAAUGCAGAAAGGAUCCUUACAGGUUUUCAGCCAGAUGACGCAAUGAACGAAAUCUUCAAAACAGAAUUUCAGAUGAGAUUGCUCUGGGGCAGCAAAGGAGCACAGGUCAACCAAAAUGAAAGAUAUGAAAAAUUCAAUCAAAUUUUAACUGCACUUUCCCGAAAACUAGAACCUCUUCUUACCAAACAGAUUGAACAAAGAAAUGCCUGAUGGAUUCUCAGCUAAAAAGAAAUUGGUAUACUUACCAAGGAAACACUUUUUUUAAAAGGAAAGCUGUAGUUUAUGUUGCUUAUUUCUCAUUUUCCUAGGGCAAAGACUGCCCCCCUCAAAAAAAAAUCCUUUAAAACAAAAUACUUCCUUGGGAAUAUUUGCUGCCUGCCAACUCCCUUCUAUGCUGCUAGUGUGAUUUUUAAAAAACCCGUUAAUUCCCCAAUCCCUCCUCCCCCAAAAAACAAGUUUCAAGCCAAUCAAAAAUCAUAUAGCAAACACAGCAUCUAUACCCAAUUGAGAAGCAGGACACUGCUUCAUGGAUUAUUAUUCUUAUUCCGAAGAAACUGCCAUAACCCUAGAUGGGGUGUGGAAGACAUGGUUAUACAGUCAAAAAGUUUUUGUAAAGUUCCUCUGACAUCAAGCAGAAUUUGUAAACUGUAUUUAUGUACAUUUAUUUAUAAGUUGCUAAUAAUGAUUUGAUUUAUAAAGGGUUAUUUAUUUCUUAUGAUUGUUACCUUUCAUGGACAUCUCCAG